UCGUCGGCGUACAUGAGAACACGAAAAAAAUAUUACUACCAGCGAAUUUAAAUUAAAAAAAAGAAAAAAGACCCACAAUUUCAGAACAGCUACCUACCGCGCUCGACCAUCGACAGAGAAAUGGAAGCAGAAUGGAGAGACAAGAAGCUUUAUCCUUUACUGGGAAUACUUUUACUUUCGAUACUUCUCUAUCUCAACUUUGGCAACAAUCUCAUUAGUUUUUCAAUUCCAUGGCAACCCCAAAUGGAUUUUGUGUCUGCCAACUCCACGCAUUUCAUCAUCGUCAACGCUGGUGCUGCUGCUGCAGAGAACCCGUCAACGGUCUACAUCAACGGCUGGAACUCCUACUGGCUAAUGCAGGAGAGCAUUUGGGGUGGUCCGUCGAGAUCAAGGGUGUCGAAGAUGCUCCAGAAAGGGGCCCAAAUGGGAUUGACUGUGUGCAGAACUUGGGCCUUCAACGAUGGUCAUGGACCUAAUUCCUUGCAGAUCUCUCCUGGUGUCUUCAACGAAAGAGUCUUUCGGGGAUUGGAUUAUGUGAUUGUUGAGGCAAGGAAGCAUGGAAUUAGAUUGAUACUAAGCUUGGUGAACAAUUUAAAUAACUUUGGUGGUAAAGCCCAGUAUGUGAGAUGGGCACAAGAAGCCAGAAUGAAUGUUUCUUCUUCAACUGAUUCAUUUUUUUCACACCCAAUUAUUAAAGAUUACUACAAGGCUUACAUCAAGGGAAUUUUGUGUAGAAAGAACUCCUUGAGUGGUGUUAAGUAUGCUGAUGAACCGGCAAUAUUUGCUUGGGAGCUGAUGAAUGAGCCCCGGUGUGCAUCCAAUUCCUCUGCUCCCAUUCUUCAGGCAUGGAUCACCGAGAUGGCUGCUUUUGUCAAAAGUCUGGAUCAAAAACAUUUAGUGACUGUCGGACUUGAGGGGUUUUAUGGCCUGAAUACAACUAAGGGACCAGAAGUAAAUCCUGGGGAGUGGGCAGCCUCACUAGGAUCAGACUUUAUACAGAACUCAGCAAUUGAGAACAUUGACUUUGCUUCCGUUCAUGCAUACCCUGAUAGCUGGAUACCACAUGCUGAUUUGGGAACAAAAGCUCGUUAUCUUACUCAGUGGGUGGAUUCUCACAUAAGUGAUGGGGAUCAUGUGCUAAGAAAACCGGUUCUCUUCACAGAAGUUGGCUCUUUGGUGCAUGUGAACAAGCAAGGAUUUGCUGAUGAGGAUAUUCUGUUAAAGACCAUGUAUGAUAAAAUUUAUGAGUCAGCGAAGAAGAGGCAAUCUGGGGCAGGGGCAUUAAUUUGGCAGUUACUAGUUGAAGGAGUGGAGGAAUAUGGUGACAGAUUUUCCUUGGUAGCCUGGGAUAAUCCCUCCAUCUACAAGCUGAUAUUAAAGCAAUCAUGUAGGCUUCAAAGCGUUUUUGCAAAGAGCAGUUGGAACAGGAAACUUAACAAGGAUCCUUGCUUUGGUCAACUACCUUGACAAGAGUUCAUUGAAGGACGUAUAUAACCUGACCUCUUUUGUGGAGAAAGGAGUGUUAAUAGUUGUAUUGGGAUCAUUUUGGUAUAUUAUUCAAUUUGUAAAGAAAACAAGAGAUAGAUUUAAAAUGGAGGAAAUAUGAUAGCUCAAACUUGAGAUUAAGGCAUUUGUAUCCAUUCAUUCAACAAAUGUGUAUGUAGAAAAUCAAUAGUUUGCUGGUUAGCAACCAGGUAUUUAUAAGCAGCUGGUUUCCUUUGAAUAUACUUGUAAAAAACGCAUCUUCAAUUCUUCAUUCGCAAAAAUACU